CCUGGGAGGCGUGUUGUCUCGUGUGUCUGUUUGACGGUGCUGAUCUGCAAGGCGCGCGGGUCUCGAACACGAACCAGCGCACGACCACCAUGCCCAACGCCAGGCUUCUUGUACAUAUAUAUUUACAUCCCCGCGAUGAAUUCUGACAACGACACGAGAAGCGCCGAAAAUGACAUCUUUUCGACUGGCACCUACAAACUUCUCGCCUUCGCCAUCGGAACCAUCGGAGUGUUUGGCGUGUGCAACAACGUUGUUGUCAUCUUACUUUACUGCAGAUUCAAGAGGCUCAGGACGCCGACCAAUUUGCUGCUGGUCAAUAUAAGUUUGAGCGACGUGCUGGUUUCGGUCAUCGGAAUAAACUUUACAUUUGUUUCGUGCGUCAAAGGCGAGUGGAUCUGGAGCCACACAACGUGCGUUUGGGAUGGCUUCACUAACAGCUUAUUCGUACUCUCUGCAUUUCCCAGUUAUCAUGCAUCAGCCCCCCUCCUGACCUGCUUGUAUACAUCAGCCCGUUCUGCUCUCCUAGUUGGACAUGGCAUCAUUUCCAUCAUGACUCUGGCAGCCUUGGCCUAUGAGCGCUACAUCCGGGUGGUCCACGCCCAGGUGGUAGAUUUCCACUGGGCAUGGCGGGCCAUCGCCCACAUCUGGGUGUACUCCCUGGUUUGGACCGGUGCUCCUCUCCUAGGCUGGAACCGCUACACGCUGGAGAUCCACCAGCUGGGAUGCUCCUUGGACUGGGCAUCCAAGGACCCAAACGAUGCUUCAUUUAUCCUCCUCUUCCUCCUGGCUUGUUUCUUCGUACCUGUGGGCAUCAUGAUCUACUGUUACGGGAACAUCCUCUACACUGUGAAAAUGCUGCGCUCCCUCCAGGAUCUCCAAACAGUCCAGAUAAUCAAGAUCUUGCGAUACGAGAAAAAGGUAGCUGCGAUGUUUCUUCUUAUGAUCGCCUGCUUCCUGGUGUGCUGGACACCAUACGCUGUCGUGUCCAUGAUGGAGGCCUUUGGCAAGAGGAGCAUGGUGUCGCCUACUUUGGCCAUCAUCCCCUCAUUCUUUGCCAAGUCCAGCACAGCCUACAACCCCCUCAUCUAUGUAUUCAUGAGCAGAAAGUUCCGACACUGUUUGCUGCAGCUGCUGUGUUCGAGGUUGUCUUGGCUCCAGCGCAGUUUCAAAGAACGCCCCCUGGCUCCGGCCCAGGGUCCCAUCCGACCCAUUGUGGUUUCCAGCUCAUGCGGCAGCAGAAAAAGACCCAAAAAGAGAGUGACCUUCAACACGUCCUCCAUCGUCUUCAUCAUUACCAGUGAUGACUUGCACCGCUUAGACGUGACUUCCAAGACUGCAGAGUCGUCCGUUAAUGUUAUUCAAGUGAAGCCACUGUGAUCCCCAGAGACUGAACUGACUCAGGACUCGGCGUACAAUUCAAAGCCAAAAUCCAAAACGAUUUUUUAAAACCUGCACAAGACAGUGAGUGUAAAUAUCUUCUGUUGUGGCUGAAGUUUAGCACCUCUGCAAUGCACUUAUCCCUGACAGAGUUCGUUCUAAAGUUAUUUAGUGUAAGUAUGAUAUUCUCAUCAAAACGUGACAUAUUUGAUGUAGUUAACAACUUUGUCAACUUUCUCAUGCUAUAGAUGUGCUUAGGACUUUGUCGAGUACUAGUAUGGAUUUAUGUGUACCACAUUGAUUAAUAAGAAAACAAGCCUUAGCUCACCUGCCAUACUUAAGGACACUGAUAUUAUUGUGUAUAUUGAUUCAAUAAAGAUAUCCUAUUUUA